AUGGCCUCGCUGCUCUCACGCACCGUGAAGGCAGGCGCAAAAACGAUCCUGCCACCCUCAAUCCACUCGCAGAAAGUCGGCGUCGUCGUCUCCGCCGGGCUCAUGAAAGGCGCCGUCAGAGUGCGAGUCGCAGAGCAAGAAUGGAACACGAAAUUCCGCAAGCAAUGGCCCGCGCCCCGAACAUAUCUUGUGCGAGAUCCCAACAGCUCUCUCGUACCUGGGGAUGUCGUCAAAAUUACAUCUGGUCACCGGACAAGCAAAAACAUCCACCACGCAGUCACCAGCAUAAUUGCGCCGUUUGGCGAGCCAGUGGAGAACCGGCCGAAGGUGUUGACAACGGAGGAGUUGGAGAAGAUCAAGGUGGAGAAGAGGUUGUUGAAGGAUGUAAGGAGUGCGAAGAAGGGUAGACAAGUUAGCAUUGAGCGGCUUGCACUGGCGAAGAAGCAGGGUUACAGGAUACCGACGCUAGAAGAGGCGAUGAGAGGGACGAAGGAGUACGAGGCUGAGAUGAAGGAGAGGGGCGUUGGAUCAGGGAGGGACGAAAAGCACAAGGGCCAGGCUGGACAGAACAUGACAGCGAAGCGGAGGAGAAUGGAGGAGAACAGGAAGACCAAGGAAGAGGCGAAAGCGGAGAAGAAGGUCAAGAAUGGGAGGAGGCAGGCGACGACAUAG